AUGCCGUUUAUCAACCCUGUAUCCCAUUCGACAACAGCAACAGCUGCUGCUGGUGGUGAUGACACAUCAGUGAAACAAGAAACAUCAGCAGGCGGCACGGAAGACAAAUCGCUUUCCUUGCCAGAGCAACAGCAACAACAACGUAAACGUCGUCAACGACGCAAAUUCCAUCAACCACACGAGGUUAAAGCCCGUUUAGAUAGUCUAAGGACAAGAAAAGCUCCUCCACCAACUCCUGCCAACGAUCACACACAGAAAACACAGCAGGAACAACAGCAACAACAACAGACACAAAAAAAUCACAAAACUUUAGAGACAAGUUUAGAAAAAUCUCUGGUACACCAACGUGAUAUUGCCAAGAAUCAACAAACACCAGAAUUGGGUGGUGGUAAUAAACAGGAUACGGAAGACCCAAUAAGGAAAAGAGUUUUCCCCCGUCUCGAUGCGGCAACAUUGAAUCGUAUUGAGACCUUGAGCGAUAACGAAGUUAAGAAACCUGCCAGCAAACGUAAACGUAGCCAAACAGCUGCCCUACUAGGAUUUAGUGUACCGACAACUUUAAGGUCGCGGCGUGUCACAGCCACAGCCCAGGCAGCGGUUAUUGUUGCGGCAGCAGCAGCUGCAGCGGCAGCGGCCAGUGCAGCAACAAGUGGCGUUCGUGCAACAUCCACUGCUAUAGGCAUUGCUGGUGGUGGAGGUGUUGGUGUCACUUCAGUGGGACAAAAACGCCAACAACAACAACCGAACAUUGUAGCUGGUGGUGGUUGUGAUUUUCUAAAACCCCUACCCAUUGAACAGGGAAUUACGAAUUCAAAAAAACGGCCACGUAUAAUGUCCCUUUACGAGCGUCCCUAUCAAACGGCCAACGAUGGCCGAGGCAGUGGUGGUGGUUCCAGUCUUGUUAGUAAUGGCUACAUGUCAACAAGCCGUUCAAGUUCAUCCGGCGGCGGCGGAAUGCCCAUGAUUAUGAGCGAUUCCAAUGAUAGUCAAGACAUGACCAAUCCAUAUUAUCUAACCGGAACCGCUGGUUCCGGCGGCAUUGCUGGCAAUUCCAAUUCAUCAGCGGUGGCGGCAGCCGCCUUACUGGGUAAUGGUGGCAGCGGUGUCGGCGGCAUUGCCAUAAAUCAUGCCCCCACCAUGGGCACCCUGUGCAACAUCGGCAAUACCUGCUACCUUAAUUCGGUGGUCUAUACGCUGCGUUUUGCUCCACAAUUUCUGCACAAUCUGCAUCAUUUGUUAACGGAUUUGAAUGCCCUGCAACAGAAUAUAGCCCGGGCGCGUUCCAAAUCGUCUUCCCUGGGUCGUGGCAUUAGUGCUGUGCACAUUGAAAAUGCCCGCAGUUGGAGUAGCAAAGAUUUGGCCUCAAUGGAACAGUAUGCGGGCGUUAAUAAUGUAACAAGCGGAGGUGGGGCAACCACACCCUCCUCGGCAUCAUCGUCGGCCCUAACACAAGUCACUCAGAAAAGCAGCCACCAGAUCUUAACCGAGAAGCUACACGAGCUAUAUCAAAGCCUCUAUCGCAAUGAAAUGAGUGAAUCCACGGAGCCCUAUCAUGCCGAUACCCUGCUGCAUGCCAUCCAAGAUGUUAGCAGCAUAUUUGAGGGUAAUCAACAACAGGAUGCCCAUGAAUUUCUUAUGUGUCUGCUGAACAGCAUCCGUGAGACAAAUCAAACUCUAAUCAAGGCCAUAGCCGAGUGUCCAGAUGUGAUAUUAAAUGGAUAUAUUUCCAAUCCCGAGGAUACUGAACGUGAUAUUAUGAAACACUCCAAUUUGUCGGCGGCGGGCAACAACACCGGCAGCAAUCAGAGCGGCAGCAGUGGCCUGAACAAUAGCAGCAGCAACCACAUCUCCGUCACCUCCGCGCUUAGCUCGCUAACAUCAAAUUCCAAGUCAUCGCUGUUCUUCUCACGCAAAUCCAAGCGAAAAGAUGAAACAAAAAAUUCCAAAAACUCCCGCCUCCAAUCUCCGCUUAAAGAUAACCAAAUAGCUGGCAAUAUAAAUACGCCACAAUCGAAUAGUCUCUUCUAUUUGAAUACGAAUGAUCUCAAUUCAACGGCAGGUGGUAGUGGUGGUGGAGUAUCUACAUCACCACCACCCUCAGCUGCCUCAUCAUCAUCGUCAGCGAUGGGCGGCGGAGGGGCUCUAACAUCACCAUCAAAUUCCACCUCAACCAUUGGUGGUGGUCCGGCGGAUGAAUUAGAUGGUUCGUCGACCACCUCCACAACGGCUGUGUCCCUUCUGCUCAAGGACAAACAACGUUUGGAGAGUAAAAUCCGUGAAUUGGGUUUGGAUUUCUUUAAUGAUGAUUUCGAGGGCAUCACUGUGUCCACAACCAAAUGUCUUAGCUGUGAAACAAUAACGGAACAAAAAGAAACCAUGAUUGAUAUUGCUGUACCUGUACCGCAAGCGGGUUACGAGAGCAACGAAUAUAAUACGGAUAGACCGAGUUCGUUUAUACAGAACUCCUGCAUAACCAGUGAACGUUUCCGCAAUGAAAAUAAAUAUCGUUGUGAACAAUGUUGUGGCUACACCGAAGCUAUACGUUCAAUAUCCUAUGAGGUAUUACCACGUCUAUUAAUUAUCCAGUUGAGCCGCUUCUCGGGCGGCAUGGAAAAAAUCAACAGUUACAUUCCCACAUCGUUUACGCUGCAAUGUUUCUGUUCGAAAUGCUGUGAACUGAGCGAUGCCAAUAAAUUGCACAUCUACAAGCUGUACAGUGUUAUAACCCAUGUGGGCGCCACAAUGUCGGUGGGCCAUUAUAUUGCCUAUACCUGUUCAUUGGAUUGGGCCAAUGAAUAUAUCAACUGCCCCAAGGAGCAGAGGCGAAGAGCUAGUCAAGAGAGAGCUGCAGCAGCGGCGGCUGCUAUGAAUG